ACCACAGUGGAGCUGACAGCGAUGGAUCCUCUGUGUUACCAGACUGGGAGUGUUGCAUUGCAGGGGAGGAAUGAGGGGUACCCUGGACCGUCUGCAGGACUGAGGGCGGUUCAGUACACCUCAGUGAACAUGGCCCCGGAGGCCCCAGAGGCCCCCAAGGACCACGUCAUCUGGUCAAUCUUCAACUUGAUCCACUGCAAUCCCUUCUGCCUCGGACUAGCAGCUCUCAUCUUCUCUAUCAAGGCCAGAGACCGGAAGGUGGCUGGAGAUAUGAAUGGUGCCCGACACCACGGCUCCACCGCUCGCUGCCUCAACAUCUGGGGCACAGUGCUGGUAUCCAUCUCCCUGCUUAUUCUCAUCAUUAUAAUUGUCAUUCCCAUCAGGAAUACGGUAUACCAUUACGAUUACGAUUACAAUUACAGAGGCUAG